AUGCUCGGCCACGCGCAGAGAGUGGGGCAGGGAGCGCGCUUUCCGUGCCUGGUUAGAGGACUGACAGCCAGCUGUGCAGCUACAACAACAAUCUCCUGGAUUUGCUACGUUCACCUAGAUUUUUGUUGGCCAUCUAUUGAUUCCAAAGUACUGUUGAUUUUUUUAUUUUUCUUGAAGUAGUCGUCAGUACACCCCUACAGCCAGAAUCAUCGGCGGUUUCUGCGCUAACUAGCUUCCUCCAACAUGAACCCGUUGUGUAGCAGAUGUAAUCUAGUGGUUUACCCCACGGAAAAAGUGAAUUGUCUGGACAAGUACUGGCAUAAAGGAUGCUUCAGCUGCGAGGUCUGCAAAAUGACUCUAAACAUGAAGAAUUACAAAGGCUUCGAGAAGAGACCAUACUGCAAUGCACACUACCCCAAGACAAACUUCACCUGUGUGGCUGACACUCCAGAGAACCUUCGCCUGAAACAGCAGAGCAAGAUGCAAAGCCAGGUUCUCUACAGGGAGGAUUUUGAGAAGAAUAAAGGCAAAGGUUUCAGCGUGGUGGCAGACACGCCGGAGUUGCAGAGAAUUAAGAAAACACAGGACCAGAUCAGCAAUAUUAAAUAUCAUGAGGAGUUUGAGAAGAGGAAGAUGGGAGGAGAGGCUCCACUUACGCCCACUAACCCCAGUGCAGGAGCUUACCAACCACCCGCAGCCUCUCAGAACUACCAUUACGACCCCAUUCCUGAACCGGUGCGCCAGGCAGCUGCUGCUCCUCCUCCCAGUUCUGGGAAGCGAUACAAGGCGGUGUACGACUACUCGGCCGCCGAUGACGACGAGGUGUCCUUCAUGGACGGGGACGUGAUCGAGGACGUGCAGCAGAUUGACGAGGGCUGGAUGUACGGCCGCGUGCAGCGCACGGGCCAGCAGGGCAUGCUCCCUGCCAACUAUGUGGAGGCCAUCUGAGUGAGCAGGAAAGAAAGCUGGAAAGAGGAGGAGGAAGUAGUGAAAGGGAGGAAAAGAAGGAAAAGAAAAGCCCAGUGCCAUCUCAUCUUAACGCCGCUUUCUCUUAAUUUUCUCUUAUUCCCUAAUCUGUCCUGUGGCUCCCUGAAUCCUCUCCCGAUGCAUCCCCGCUCUGCUGUCACUGUCCACAUUCUCCCUCCAUCCGUCUGCUUCCCUGUCCGUCUGUCUGUGCUGGCGUCUGUCUCCGUUUCCUCGCCGUCACUCAGAAACUGAAAGUCUUAAAAAAUAACUGAUAGCAGUACGUCAGGGGUUAUGUCGUGUCGCUUUUGCACAAUCACAAACAAAAAAAAGAAUAAAAGUGCAAAAUAAAAUCCCCCACGUCAUUUACCUCCGCAGACAAAAUGUCCCUUCUUGGCUUUUUCCUUUGGUUCAUUUCACAGCUUGAUCCCAUCCAGACUGGAACCAGAGCGUGGAGGAUCUUCGAUUCGUGUACAUUCCUUCAAACACAACUGUGCUGCUGUGGCACCAACAGUUGGAACAGAGAGGUUUAAUUUAUUUAUAGGUAGACACACAUCUCAUGAUUUUUCUGCACAAAUGGGCACCCUUACGUCCAGCGUUGCAUUGUGGGUAUCGUUGUGAAACUGGAAACUGUUGCCUAACUGAAGAGCACCUCCUGUCGUUGCCUUUCUCAGGGGUCUCUGGUGCAGGUGGGGGAUCAGGGACAAGUUAGGGGACAUUUAUCAGUCCAUUUCUUGGAGCCACACUGCUGACACCACCACAGAUUGUGCGCUAUUGUCGUGUACACAAACUUUUUCAUGUUCUUUGCUGUCUAAAUGCCUUCAAAGCCGAUUCACAAAUGAUUGCCAACUUAAAAUUCACCAGUUAGGACAAAUUAUUCCCCUUGAAAAAUCAGAAUUAGUUCAAUAGAGAGAAGGCCAAGCACAAAUCUGUGUUAAAAACCAUUUGAGUUUGAAUGAAUUUCCUUUUUUUAUGUGAGAACAUUCCAGUUCUGUUUUUCAUUUAAUAUAAAAAAAAUGUUUGAACCUUUGAUGUGAUAAAUGUUGUCUUAUGGUGUUAUUCCUUUGCCUUCCUUGCCUGUUUUAAAAAAGAAAAAAUAAAUAAAACAGUGACUUGUAACAGUUGAUGUAGAACGAUGCAUUCAGUAAUGGAUCAGUGAAGGGAAUAAUUGGCCAGAAUGCUGGUUUCCUUUGGGGGGGUGGGUCUGUAAAUCCCGAAUAAUCAUCUCUGUUGGUGUUUGACUCCCCUCCACAUCCACACCAAACCGAGUCGCUCUUACACUGAAAAGUUGCAUCUUUUUCCACACUUUCAUUCCCCGGCGGGGGUCGAAAACUGAUCGGACACCUCCCUCUUCCCGAGUGUUCUCCUGUGAUGAAACGCAGCUCAUACGAUGGGGGGGGGGGGAUUUUUCUGUUGGGGCGAGCAGGUAAAACGAAGCUCCCUCUAUGUAGCUCGAUGACAUUGUAUAACUGUAUAUGCACCAUAUGUGAAUCUUGGAGGGAGGGGAGGGGUAUCGGUUUUGGUGCUCUGGGAAGUGAAUGGCUUGCAGCUGAAAGUGCUUCAAUAUUCUGUGAAUGUGAGGAAGUAAUGUGGCUUUAGGAGAACUUUAAUGAUUUCUGAGGGGAAAAAAGGUGAACACGCAGAGCAUUUAAAUGCUUGUGUUUGGCAUCCGCUGGAUUUAAAAUUAAAAAUGUAAAAAAACAAAUGCUGGAUUGGAAAAAAAAUAUUUUUUAUUCUUUUUAGGUAAAUCAUUAACUUCAUUUGCUUAAAGUUACAUUGCUACGGUCAUUUAUUUAGUAUGAUAAAUGCUGAUUGCACCCACUUGAAUUGAAUUUUAUUAAAAUAUUCUGUUUUUUCCCCUUUAUUCCUAAUAAAAUGGAAAGGAAGCGAUGGCCAAAGACUGGCAGUGUUGUUGAAGCGUACAUGUCCUGUGGGGGGCGAUAGAGGGUCGGUGCUCUUAAUCUCUCAGCCUAUAAGGCAGGGUUUGCUAGUUUGACCUGGAUAUUAGCCAGGAGUUGACCUCUUUGCUCCAAAUGCCGUUCAUCCGCUCUGGCAUUACUACUGAACCGUAACGUUGCAUCCUAACCUCGAUUCCCCUCAAUUCUCCAUCCUGUCCUCCACCCACCCCCCCACCCUUUCUCCUUCAGCCUUCAUCGUAGAUUCUUGUGCUUCUAAUGAAUCAUUCCCUGCUUCUAUGAUACUGGUUGUAUACUGUAGACUUCGCAGAGUGAAAUUAUGUAAUCCACAAUUGCAGGUUUAGCACUCAGACCAGUUCUGUGCAUUCCAUCUUUGUUUUGUUUUUGAUAUAUUUUUUUUAAAUGAAAAUAAAGAAUAUCAUAUUGUCAUAUACAUGUAUUCAAAAUCUCAGAUUUACGGACCUGAUAUCAUCUCCUGUUGCCCUGUUACAGCACUUCAAACUGUACUUAUGAUUCUGCAGACUCAAUAAAAUGUCAUUUUUUUCUCAGAA